GGGGUUAUGGAGGGCGAGAGGCGGCGCGUGGAGGUUUGAGGACAAACGUUGAGCUAUUUAGAGGGAAGGUAGAUGAAGCGUCGUGAUACUUUGGUGCUAGUCAGGAUGAAGUCGUACAUCUGUCUCUUGGCCCUGCUGCAGCUUCUGGGAUGCUCAGGUGCCCCGCUGCCAAACUCAGAGCUGGAGUCCAUGGCAACCAGAGGUCUCGAAGCAGCUCUGGCUGAGGUCAACUCUGUGUAUGCCAUCAACAACCUUUACAGGGUGACCCGAGGCUCCGUCACAAGGGUUAUUCCCGUGGGCCUGAACACCGUUGACCUGAUGAUGGCGUUUGGCAUUAAAGAGACCGAGUGUGGGAAGGCCUCUGGGAGCGACCCGCAGACGUGUGCCUUCAGACCCGGCUUCUUUGUGAACACCCUCUCCUGCUCCAGCCGGGUGAGGAUUUCUGCGACCUCGACCCAGGUGGUGUCGGCCAGAUGCGGCCGUGACGGCAGCUCCAGCUCAGAGUCCAGCGAAGAGAUGUUCUCAAGAGGGAGACAACACUUCAUUAUCCCAUUGACAAACAGAGUGUGAUGUUCAGCGCACGUAACUGACCAGAGCACGGGUAUGUUUUCAACAGUCCCGGCUCCUUCCGCACCUUCCCCGCCUCCGCCUGCCCAGUCUGGUCGCUCCCUCCACAGCAGCCAGACGGCGGACGUGAAGCCCAGGGGAGACGCUUUCAGCAACUUCCUGGUGUGAAGGCUCGGCUUGCUCUGGAAACAUUUUGGUGCGGAUCAGAAAACAAACUUGAAUUAUUAAAAAUGAUAUUUGCA